CAGAUUAGAUUGGAACAACAAACAAGACCAACGCCGGGAACUAGGGAGACCACUACGGAUGGAUGAUGGAUAGGGUAUUCUCCGUCGAAGAAAUCUCCGAUCAUCAGUUCUGGUCUCCGCAGCCGGAAUCACAAGAAGAAUCUUCCCUCAUGAAUCGAAGUUCAUCGGAGUGGGCCUUCCAACGAUUUCUCCAAGAGGCCUCCUCCUCUCCCAAAUCAUCCUCAGUUGGACUUGGAGCUGCCAAGCAGCUGCCGAGCGACGCCCGAGUGACGAUCAGAGAUCAACAAGAGCAACAGAUUCAGACGCGGAAUGACAGUGUUGUCAACGACGCGGCGACGUUUAAUGGUCCUGCUCCCAAUGUUCCGCCCGAUUCAGAGGAGUACCAGGCCUUCCUCAAGAGCAAACUCAACCUCGCUUGCGCAGCUGUUGCUUUGACUCGGGCAUCUUUGGUCAAAGCUCAAGAGUCUUCUGCUAGAGCUGACAAUGCAUCUAGGGUUCCAAAUACUUCACAAUUGGGAUCCCACGCUCCUAAAGGGCAUGAUUUAUCAAGGGCACAAGAUAAGGAUACUAAUGGACCUUUAGGGGUUCCUGCCCUACCCGUCUCUCAAAAGAAAUCUGGGGCUCCCGUAAGGUCAACAACCAGUGGAUCAUCAAGAGAGCUAUCAGAAGAUGAAGAAAAUGAAGGGGAAACUGCAAUGACAGAGAAUAUGGACCCUGCUGAUGCGAAACGUGUGAGGAGAAUGCUUUCAAAUAGAGAGUCAGCUAGACGCUCAAGAAGAAGAAAGCAGGCCCAUUUGACUGAGGUUGAGACACAGGUUGCUCAACUUAGAGUCGAGAAUUCUUCUCUAUUGAAGCGUUUCACUGACAUAAGCCAGAAGUAUAAUGACGCAGCUGUUGAUAACAGAGUUCUAAAAGCUGAUGUGGAAACAAUGAGAGCAAAGGUGAAGAUGGCAGAGGACACAGUAAAACGACUGACUGGCUUGAACCCCCCGUUCCAUGCAAUGCCUGAUAUGUUCGCAAUGGGGGUGCCAUCAUUUGAUGGAAGCCCUCCUGACUCAUCUGUAGAUGCUGCUGUACCUGUGCAAGAUGACUCAAAGCAUCACUUUUAUCAGCAGGCACCAGAUAAGUCUAUAACUUCUGAAGACAAUGCAGUCAAUGAUGGUAUCAUCACUUCUAUUGAAAAUGUUCAGCCAAAUUCUGCAACAGCAGGAGUGGCAGGGAACAAGAUGGGACGAACUGCUUCCUUGCAACGUGUGGCUAGUUUGGAGCAUCUGCAGAAGCGGAUCCGUGGCGGCAUGAGUCCCCAUUCCAAUGGAGAACUGCAGUGACAAAGGAAUGGUCAAGUAUUAGGUUUUUAUUAGAAGAGCUCAUUGGAAAGAAUAUGUUGUGAUACUAUUUUUGCCCGAAUUGUAUUUGUUUCAUGCAUAUUCUUUAUGUGAAUGAAAGUGCUGGAGUUGUCUUUCAAUCCAUUACUUGACAUUUGCUGUACAUAACUUGAUAAUACCAAGCAUUUUUUUUGUCUAGUUUAGGAAUUUCCGUUGAUCGUCA